UUGCUAUAUUAUAAUGGUUUUUCUUUAUUAAUCCCAACUGGGAAAUUAGGCUCUGUGUUUGACCCGUCUCUAAAUUUAGAGAACAGAGAGCUACCAUGUUUCAGAGCCUGGGGAGCAGUAUGGGGUUUAGGGACCUAGCACAGGGGCCAACAGUGGUUUAUCUCUGUUGACAUGCUGGGGAUUUGAACCCAGGUCAUCCAGACAAAAGCCCACCUCUAAAAGAACCACCACUCCUUCGUAUGUCCAGUCAGGGAAACAAUUAAACUCAGAAUUAUUUAUAUAGAUGUUAAACUAAAACUUCAGUGCAACUCAAACAGUUUUACAGAGAAAAAAAAUAAAAAUAGAUAAAUAAAAUAAUUACAAAGAUUAAAAUGAACAUUUUAAAGAGUAAAUCGUAAAUAAAAAUAAACUAAUGUAGAUGGUGAUAAAGCAGGAAUUCAAAUAAAACUAAAUGUUAAAAGAAUACCAUGGAUCAAAGUACCAGAGAACAUGAAAAGCAAUUUACAGAUUAUUUUGGUCAUAGAAAUUUAGGAAUCACAAGGAAGCCAGCACUCUGGUGAUAGAGAGAACAAAUAGAUUAUUAAUUUAAGGUGGGGGGUAAAAACAAACAUUAAAGCCUUUGUAGGCACUAAGGAUUAUGUUUUCUACUCUAAACUGUACAGGGAUCCAGUAAAAGCAGCGUAAUACUGGAGAAAUAUGACUGAACAGCUACAUAUUUUGUGACAUAGUAAUGAAUCUACAGUUCAUAUUUAACAGGCCAAAAAGUAUGGAUCUGGACAUCAGAAGAAUGUAGGUUAAGGUUAGGAAAACAUUAUAAUGGUGAGCAUUAACACAGAACCUUUUCCCAGAUUAUGAGAUAAUUGUCCCCACCCCACUAUGAAAGCUGUGAAAAAAAAAAAGAAAAGAAAGAAAUUGUAUCCAUGUGCAUGAACAUGCAGUUCAUAGACCAAGCUUGUGACACAGCUGUUCUCUAGGGUAGGAUUUUGUCACCAGCGCUUCUUUUUUAUGCUUACAGACCCCCAAAAUAUCUUGUUACGGUAAAGAAAUAAAAAAAAUAAAGAUGGACCAUUAUUUAUAAAAGAAAUAAAUGGGUUUCUCAGAAAUGAAGGGAAAGUAUCUGGACUGUAAGCAGUAAGAUUACAAUAUCAGAAGCAACUUUAAGCUAGAUUUAAAACUCAGAUAGUUUAGUAGGUGGGAGAAAUAGUUUAUUACUGGUUUUGUGUGAUAUAGCUUCCUGUUGUGUUUCAGCAUCAUCUGGGCAGGAGUGGCUUUUUUUUCAUCUGCUGUAUGUCCAACUAAAGUUUUUAUCUUUUUCAGUUUGCUCUUCAGGCCUAACAGCAUCAUGUUUACUUUGUAUGUGUGGAUCUGCUGUGGCCUUUUGCUGCACUAUCCUCCAUGCACAUACCAAUCAUGUACAGAGGGGACACCAAAACAGUGCCAAGAUGCAGAAUUUGCUCCAGGUUCCAAUUUGGCUGGGGAGGGCUUUGACAUCACCAAAAUGGAGCGUAAAGGGGCUUUUGUGCUCGAUAUGAAUCUGUGGAAACGCAAGGAUAAAACUUGUACCCUGUGUAGCAACCCUUAUCUGGAAAACAAGAAGCAAAAACUGCCCCUUUCAGUGGUCGACUGGAGGGCAAAGCAAUCCUGCAGUGCAGCAGUGUCCUCUAAACUUCACAAAUCCAGUGAGUCUCUGGUCAGUUCCAGCUCCUCUUCUGUUGAGAACAACUGGAAGGUAAAUCUAGAUGUAGAGCGGAAGGGCAAAAGUGCCUCGCUGAUGCUGGCUGGAACUCAUUCGAAACUGGCUGAGUACUCCAUGGAGAAAACAAAGAACGACAAGUUCAGUUUUACAAGCCACAGCAUAUCCUGUGAGUACUACAGCUACGGAGUUUCCAGCAAUCCAAAACUGCAUAAAGAAUUCCGCAAAGCAGUGAAAAAGCUUCCCAAAGUCUACAGCUCAGAAAACAAGCAACGAUUUUACAAACUGAUUGACAACUUUGGCACCCAUUACAUCACCAAGGUGAAAUUGGGGGGAAAUGUUCAGUCCAUCACCAGCAUCCGUCAGUGUCAGGCCAGCUUGCAGGGGCUCAGUGCAGAAGAGGUGCAGAUGUGCCUCUCAGCUGAGGCCUCGGCUAGUAUCAAAGUUACGAUAAAGGUUGAAACAAAUCACUGCAAGAAGGACAUAAAGAAGUCUGAGAGUAAGUCAGACUUCUCCAGCCUCUUCAGUGAUCGGUUCACAGAGAUAAAAGGUGGUCAUACCACUGAGCCAGACCUCCUCUUCUCUGCUAGCAAAAACCCAUCAGCCUACAAGGAAUGGCUAAACACAGUACCACAGAAUCCUGACCUGAAUUCAUACUCCCUAGAAUCUCUGCACGCAUUAUUGCCUGAAAAAGACCCAGCAAGGAAGAACCUGCGUUCAGCCCUCAGCCACUACAUCCUGGAGAAAGGUCUGUGGAGGAACUGCAGUGAGCAGUGUCAGGCUGGUAUUAAAACUGAUAGAAAAGAUUCCUGCGUCUGCCAAUGUCAUAACGACCUCGCUGUCAAUCAAGACUGCUGCCCAACCCGUAAGGGUAUGGCUCGGGUCAUCAUAACAGUACAGCGGGCUUCUGGGCUCUGGGGUGACCACACGACAUCGACGGAUGGCUUUGUUAAGGUAUAUUUUAACAAAGUGAUGGUCCAUCGUUCCCAUGUCAUUUACAACAACAACAACCCACACUGGGGCGCGAUUGUUGAUUUGGGCUCCCAGGAUCUGUCUCUAGGAAACAAAGUGUAUUUUGAAGUUUGGGAUGAGGACAGUGGUUGGGAUGAUGACAACUUGGGAGGAUGUCUGCAGGUUUUAAGUGAAGGUGUCAAGUCAGAUCUCUGUUCUCUAAAUCAUGGCACACUGUACUUCAAAUGGGAAGUGAAAUGUGCUCCAAGUCUGAGCGGUAGUUCGUGCUCAGACUACAAACCCUCACCUAUGAGUCCAAGUCUGAGGAAGCUGUACAUGUCCCGUCAUGCCCAUCCUAUUCCAAAAGUCAUCCUGAAAGAGAUGGGUGUGUUUGUGGAUGAGUCAACUUCAUGGAAAAACCAGAGUUUUACUACCUAAGUGCAAGUAUGAUGUAAAUUACCACAAAUGUUUCAGUUAUGCACAUCUUCAUUUAGCAUACUGAGUAGAUCUGCAAUUUCUGCAUUAUUUCUGCUUUUUUCUUUUAGAUUCUUCCUCUUGUUCACCUGUGUUUUAUACAUUUUCUCAUUGUUACUCUCUGGUUUUCAUGAUUAUGUGACUUAUUUUCAAGAAUCAGAGAGAAAUGAAAAAAAAAACUAGGAAAAAACUAUACUUGUCAUUUUGUUAGUUUGACAGUCUGUUCUUGCUGCAUUGUGCAACUUAAAAAAUAAAAGAAAUAAAUAAACAUGCUUUAUC